UGGCUCCCAGCUCCUCCCCUCCCUGGGGCAAGGAGAGAACCCAGGAGUCCUGGACCUGGCUCCCAGCCCCACCCUGGUGUAACCCCUCCCUUCCCCGAGCAGGGCAGAGAACCCAGGAGUCCUGGCUCCUGGCCCGGGGCAGGACACGUGUAAAUGGGCGGGAUGCGGAUCUUGCCCUGCAGCGUCAGGCGGGGCGGGGUCCCGGGGCAGCAGCGGGAUGGAGACGCACCAGGCCGGGGGGCGGCCGGUUGCCCCUGCUCGCCCAUCCCCCACCGGUGCCGAGAGCAUUUCCUGCAUCAAGCAAAUCGGAGCGUCCCUGCUCCGGGGGUUCGUCUGGUCCCUGCUCCAGCAGCAGGGCUCCGGGUCCCCCCCCGCCCGGUCGGUCACCAUGGAGGAGCUGGGGGGCCAGGACACCCCCGAUGGGCCCCGGGUCACGUCCCUGCGUGAGACUCUGCACCGGAUAUGGGGGAGCAUGAGCCAGAACCCCGAGAUCGAUAGCCUGGUGCAGUGCAUGGCGGGGCAGCCCCCCCUGCCGGCGCUGGCUGCGGUCUCGAAGGAGGUGUUUCGUGACGGCAUCAACUGGGGCAGAGUCGUCGUCUUCUUCUACUUCACCUACAGGGUCAUCGCUCAGGCUCUGGGCGGGUCUGACUGUCUCCGGUCCCUGGUCGACUGGGCCCUAAACUUCCUGUGGGAGCGAGUCGCCCCCUGGAUCCAGCAACAGGGGGGCUGGUCGCGCCGAAUCGUCGUUUUAACGCCGGAGCAGGAGCCGUUCGAACGGGUGAUCGAUGCUUUGGGAGCUUGAGACGCUGAAACCAACCACAACAGGGGCUCCGAAGUGACCGGGCUCCGUGCUGAGUCCCACUGACAAAGAUUUGCCCUGGAGAAAAGCUAAAUGCUCGCACGGGGGCUGUCGUGCGAGCGGCUGAGCGGGAAAGUGCAACGUGCGACUGCACAAUUCUCUUCGUGUUACGUCGCUGCCCUCGAAAACCGAACAAUGGCAAAAGCGCCUCCCAAGUCCACUCGAAUUUGGUGGGGCCAAGAUUGCUUACAAUGGCCCCCGAACCGGGGAGCCGGCGCUCGCGUGGUGCUGCUGUACCUGGCGUUGUGGGAUAUUUACGUGCCGGAUCCGCUGUCCCGGCCUGUCGAGUGCACUCGCGUUGGUUCGUGUGUUUCUCCGGGGCCAACGUCUGUAAUCAGACGUCACAACCGGCAGCGAGGCCGGCGUGCCGGGCGUCCCGCGGGGUGACCGAAAGCGCUGCAGAAAACCAGCCAGACCCAUCGCUCGCUCAUCUCCCUGGGGCCGGGUCUUGGCAAACGGCGCAACCAAAACCGCGGUUCAGCCCGGCUGAGGUUUGUACGCAGCUGACGGCCCCGCAGAGAAAUAAAC